UGUUGAUGUUCGUGUAGCUGUAUUUUUUUUUAUUUCGCGGCAGACUGUCCGCUGAAGCCACGGUUAUCAGUCCAUUUUAUUUUUAGCAUGUUGCUAAUCUCGCUAAUGCUGCGCAGGUAGCUUUUACACGGGCUUGUUAGCAUUUAAUAAUAAUAAUAAUAAUAAUGCUGCGAGGCUUCCAGCUCUAAGACAACAUGUCUCUGGUCAAACAGCUCUGCGACAUUCCUUUAUUAGGACGGCUUUUACACUUUAAAGUGUGCAGGAGGAAAAUAGCGAGCUAUAACCUUUGCUACAAGGUGGUGAGACACCGCUGGAUGAAAAGUCUCCCUGUAUUAUCCAGUAGCUUGAGGAGCUGGAGCACACAACCAGCUAAGGAUGCUGUCGACCUGUCCAAGUUCCCUGUGGACAAAAUCAGGAAUUUCUGCAUCAUCGCCCAUAUCGACCAUGGGAAAAGCACUUUGGCGGACAGGCUGUUGGAAAUGACAGGUGCCAUCGCAAAGACCGAGAAGAACAGGCAGGUUCUGGACAAGCUUCAAGUGGAGCGGGAGAGAGGGAUCACGGUGAAGGCCCAGACGGCCUCGUUGUUUUACAGCCACGACGGACAGGAGUACCUCCUGAACCUCAUCGACACGCCGGGCCACGUUGACUUCAGUUAUGAAGUGUCCCGUUCCCUUAGCGCUUGCCAAGGUGUUCUGUUGAUUGUUGACGCCAAUCAGGGCAUUCAGGCGCAAACCGUCGCCAACUUCUACCUGGCCUUUGAAGCCCAGCUGACUAUCAUACCUGUGAUUAAUAAGAUUGAUCUGAAAAACGCGGACCCAGAGCAAGUGGAGUCGCAGAUCGAAAAGACGUUUGACAUUCCCCGAGAGGAGUGCGUCAGGAUCUCAGCCAAACUGGGAACCAACGUUGAAACAGUUCUUCGAGCGGUCGUUGAAAGGAUUCCACCUCCUGCUGGGAGCGUCGGCGACCCGUUUAAAGCUCUGGUGUUCGACUCCAAUUUUGACCACUACAGAGGAGUGGUGGCCAACAUCGCGGUGUUUGGAGGUCAAGUGAAGAAAGGGGACAAGAUCGUGUCGGCAUAUCUCUGUAAAACCUAUGAGGUCAAUGAGCUGGGCCUGCUGCGGCCAGAGGAGCACCCAACACAGAAGCUCUUUGCAGGCCAAGUGGGGUAUAUAGUUGCCGGGAUGAAGGAUGUGAAGGAGGCCCAGAUUGGCGACACCCUUUACCACCACGAGCAGCCAGUCGAAGCUCUCCCAGGGUUCACGCCUGCCAAACCCAUGGUUUUUGCCGGCAUGUACCCGAUGGACCAGUCAGAGUACCCCGCCCUGCGCAGCGCCAUUGAGAGGCUGACCCUGAAUGACUCAAGCGUCACGGUGCAGCGAGACAGCAGUCUGGCCCUGGGAGCCGGCUGGAGACUCGGCUUCCUGGGUCUUCUCCACAUGGAGGUGUUCAACCAGAGGCUGGAGCAGGAGUACAACGCCUCCGUCGUAGUAACGGCCCCCACCGUGCCCUUCAAGGCGGUCCUCUCCUCUGCUAAGCUCAUCAAGGAACACGGUUGUGAGGAGAUCACCAUUGUGAACCCGGCUCAGUUCCCAGACAGAUCGUCCGUCUCUGAAUAUUUGGAGCCCAUGGUGUUGGGGACCAUUCUGGCUCCAGACACGUACACCGGCAAGAUCAUGAGUCUGUGCUUGGGCCGCAGGGCGGUGCAGAAGAACAUGGUGUACAUCGACGACCAGCGAGUCAUGAUGAAAUAUCUCUUCCCCCUGAAUGAGAUCGUCGUGGAUUUCUACGAUGUCCUAAAAUCAAUGUCGUCCGGAUAUGCCAGCUUUGAUUACGAGAACGCAGGUUACCAGGCUGCUGAUUUGAGAAAGAUGGACAUUCUGCUGAACGGGCAACCAGUGGAAGAGCUCACCACUAUUGUGCACAGGGACCGUGCGUACAGUUCUGGGAAAGCCAUGUGUGAGCGACUCAAGGAGUCCAUUCCAAGGCAGAUGUUCGAGAUCGCCAUACAAGCAGCCAUUGGGAGUAAAGUCAUAGCAAGAGAGACAAUUAAGGCUUACAGGAAAAACGUUCUAGCAAAAUGUUACGGCGGCGACAUAACGCGGAAGAUGAAGCUAUUGAAGAAACAAGCCGAGGGGAAAAAGAAGAUGAGGCGCAUCGGCAACGUGGACGUCCCAAAAGAUGCCUUUAUUAGUGUUCUGAAGAGAAAAGAUAAAUAGAAAGGCAACUAUUAUGAAUUAUUUAUGCUUGUCUUAUAAGUCUGUCAAUUUAAAAAAAAGUUAUACUUAAUUGUCUUCAAAUAAAAAUUGGUAAUCUCUGUUCUA